AUGACAUCUAGAAAUAUAGCCGUGCUCAUCACCUUGAUGUGGUUCAUCCCUGUCAUAGCGAUAUUGAUAGUAUUUUCAUUAAAUGCACGACUGACAAUUUGUAGUACCAUCAUUGAGCGACUCUACUGUGACAACUUUUCCGUAGUGAAGCUGGCGUGCGACGACACCACAGUCAACAACAUCUACGGCCUUACGUACACAACCUGUGUGUUCGGUGUAUUUCUGCUGAUCUUGUACACGUACAUCAAGAUCCUGCUUGUCAUUUUCUCAGGUUCCAAAAAGUCCAGACAGAAGGCAGUGAGCACCUGCACUCCUCACUUGGCUUCACUGCUGAACUUCUCCUGUGGCUGUUUCCUUGAAGCGAUACAGAGCAGGUUCAACAUGAAUGGAGUUCCCAUCCUGUUACGCAUCUUCCUGUCUCUGUACUUCCUCAUCUGUCAGCCUGGCUUCAACCCGGUGGUGUAUGGACUCACUUUGACCAAAAUACGCAUCAUCUGUAAAAAUCUAGUCUUUAGACAAAUAUAAAGCUGCAACAU